AUGUCCAUGUUCGCAUCGCGGCCACAAUCCAGCAACAAUCUCGAGACGGCGGAGACGGAGAAGGCAGCGAAUAUGGACCGGCGCUUCUCGUUGCUAUUUACCGGCAGUACCUCCGCUCAGCCUCUGCUUACGGUCCCACCAGCUGCGCAAGAGGCUGCGCAGCAGCAAAAAGACGACGUACCCCCACCAGAAAGAAAAACUUCCCCUUCCAAUGCAUCGGCGAGUUCACAAGAUAUACCAACGAGAAUAAAGAUGGACCGCCGAUUCUCGACACUCCUUUCCCUUCCCGCGCUGUCGACCCCUCCACAAUCUCAACAUGGCGAGAAGGAGCUCGCCCUGUCUACGAAAUCGUCAAAGAGAACCAUACACUCUCUCCUCCGCCGAGUUUUCUCCCUCAGCUCCACUCCCACUUCCACGCCCUUGUCCAGACCCGCCACAUCCGGAGAAGCAAUCCCAAUACCAACACCAGAAGACCUCGGGUCCCGUCUCUGGGCCGAUCUACUCGACUCCUCUCCCUCCUUGGCUUCAUCCUCACCACCUACAAGAUCCAACACACAGACCGUGCAACGCUCACACACCGUCAUCGUGCCCGCGCCAGCCAGCUCCUUGAAACUGCAAUCUCGAUCACGGUUCUCGCAGGCCUUGAGAGGAGGUAGUGGGAAGAAAAAGAAUGGAGGGAAUGAGAAUCGGGAGCCUGAGGUGGUGGGGAUAUUGCAGAGCAGAGAAAGGAGGGAGGGGAAGCAGUUUGGUGGCAGGAGGGCGGAUAGCAAGUUCAGCUCCAUCACCUCGCUGCCCUCCUUACGAUCUCUGGCAUUGCCUACUCGGGAUUGCUCCAGCAGCAAUGGAACAAUCACCGUCUCGGCGACCUCGCUCAUUCUCCUUGAAGGCUGUGUGAGGAGAGUAAGGAGGGGGUUAAAGCACCAAGAAUACCUAACCAGCCAUCUGUCCAAUAAUCUGGUGUUUCUGUUCGGCAGGAAGGAGACGCAGAUCGGCAUGCUGAAGAGACUUCGAAGCGAGGAAAAGACCUCCCUGACUUCCGCACUCUUCCGAAUCAAAGAAUCAACCGGCCGCACCUUCCUCCGGAAAGCCGUCUUCCUGCAACGCUCGCAAGAACUCGUCGCCCAACUCUCCGCCCUCCUCUCGAGAUCCAAACCCGGCCCAUCAGAAGACCCAGAACCAGAAACAGGAGCGGAAUCAAGCAUGGUCGAGGUAGAGGACAAUAUCUUCGAUUUGCUGGCACUGCUGAGAGAGGAUCUCAAGACGCAGCGCGAACUCGAUCGCCAUCUGCACGACACGUUGCUCGAAGCGGCGCGGGAGAAGAAGUGGGCCGGGAGUGCCGGGGAGAGGAGUCUGAUGCGGAAGUUUGUUGGCUUUGUCGAGGGGAGGAUGGGUGCUUUGGGCGUGGCUUAUGGGAGGCUUGAGGGGCUGGUGGGGAGGAUGGAGGGUGUUGAGAGGGGUGUUUAA